AUGUACGAACCCUCGAGGGCCUUGGGACCUGAUACUCGGAAAAAUGGACCUGAUGCACGUAUGCCACAGCACGAUGUCCAUUACUCAACGCCUAAGCCUAGUCCCUUACUAGAUCUUAUUGACACAGAAAAACAAUUUCGAGUGACGGCCUGUUGGAGUCCAGAUGACCUUCCGCCUGCGGAACUAGAUGCAAUGUUCCGCUACACCGAAGAAAUAUACCGACAAAAUAAACGAUUUUAUUCGAAACUUUCCAAAAUAUCAAAGGAUCCUCAGUCUGCUAAAGAUUUAGGCGAUACUUUGAUGAUAUGGAUAGAAGAUAUGGAAGCGCCAUAUACGCAAUACUGUCAGCAUUUUAUAAAGGGAUUCGAUAGUUGGUCAAUGAUCGAAGAACAUGAGUCGUUACAACAAACUCUUAUUAAAAUAACAUCGGAACGUAAUCGACCCGUGUCGCUUGAUUUUUUUUUCGAAAUGCCGCUUGCAAGGUUACAGUACUAUAAAAAACUAUAUAUGCGUCUUUUAAGAAGUACAGAACCGGGGCGCUCCGACCACAACCUCCUAUUCUCGGCCAAUCAACGUCUUGACGCUCUCAUCGACAUGGAAAGACAAGCAAGAACGCGUAUACAAACAAGACCAGCCGUUCUUGCAACAUUGCCAAUGAAACAACCUAAACAUGACGCUAUUGCCACGAUAGCAAUAUCACCUUCAAUACCACAGCAACAGCAUCCUCCACCUGUUUCUCCAAUAUCUCCUAAUUCUCCUAAUAGUAAUUAUUCACCAUCGUCGCUUACUUCGCCUGGUGGUUCGCUACAUCCAGGACUGAAUUCAGAAUUUCCAAAUCGGAUUAAUUGGAAUUAUGGACUAAAAGAAUUGGAAGAGCAGCUUGAUACGUCUAAUGUUAUUGACCUUUUUAAUAAACAGCCAAAGCAAGUCAAAAUCUCUUUUCUCCCACCAAAUCUUCCUUUCAAAAGGGAAAUUCGUCUGCAUGACAACUUCGUCGUAAUAAUCAAGUACGCUGAUGGCUCGGUCAUGCAUAAAGCUCACUUGUUUUUGUUGACUGAUAUUUUGAUGAUUUGUCGCGUGCUCACCCCUGAAGAGAAACAACGCACGCCAAAUAUGGAGUUUUUGCUUUUGUAUCCGCCAUUGAGUGGAAAACAUUUGGCUGUUCGGGAUUUGGAUGAAGCUAAAUAUGAUCUUUUGGAAUUGUUUGUUAUGAAAAGAGAGAAAGUUCUUCUUCGUGCCGAAUCAAAGAGUGUAAAGGAUCGGUGGUUCCAGGGAUUUAAUGAGGUUAUUGAUUUUGCAACCAAAGCAAGUGCCAAACCAAAAGUCAAAACUGACCCUCGCUCCUUGGGACAAGGCUCUGUUGAUUCCCCAUUAUCGGCAAGUGACAAACGUAGCCCAAGAAGCCCAAGGAGCCCAGUUGUACCUUAUGCUGUAAGCAAUGAUGCUGGUCAAUUGCUAUCUCUUCCGAAUGCUCAACAUCAGAUGCCACAGCCAUCAUCACCUGUAUCUUCGGAAAGAAAAAAUUUUCCGUUGAAUAAUGAUCAAAAUACUUCUGAUUCACGUUUAUCACCUCCAGGUUUAGCUGUGAAUAACAAUUACAAUAAUGGUAAUAAUUCUACGGGAUAUCCCCCAAACACAAAACCUCAACCAAAAGUGCAUUUUCAACCACGAUCCAGAACGCCGGAUCCACCACAUAAUGCUGGCGGACAAUAUCCCGGGGACUAUAAACCUUAUCCAACUGAAUCAUCAUCAUCUCUUCGUAGCGACCCGGCAGCCGCGGAAGUUCACAUGGCGCCACAUCUUCAAAGAUCAAGCUCUAAUAGUUCUCUUGCGUCUGUCUCUAGUAUAGCAGCAACUCGCGAGAUACUUUACAAAACACCACCAUGUAAAGUUUCUAUAUGGAAAGAAAACAUGUGGAAACCUUUGACGACGAGAGAAAAUUGUAUUGUAGAAAUUAGAAUGACAACGACGGGCCAAUGUUGUUGGGCUAUAGUAUUGGAGAAAAGUAGACGCAUGGUUGUUAAUGCGUGGAUCCUCCCUACGACAACCUUACAUCGAGAGACACCGACUGAUUUUAGUAUAUCUUGUGAAAUAGGUCAGAGCAAAGAAUAUUAUCGAAUUAAUACGCCACAUCCUGUCGAAGCUGAUCGUUGUAUGCAAAUUGUUCCCGGUCCACCUCAAAUUCUAGUUGCCCGUUCCUCCUCACUACAAGCACAAGAAAACGGGCGUGAAACUGUGGCAACAGUCACAGAAAUAAUGGAAACAAAGUGUCGUGUAUUCUUGCAGAACGAUCACGGUGUAUGGACAAAUCUCAAUUGGGGUCACAUGAAAUUAUCAAUUGAGACGCCGGCACAUCGUAAACGAAUCGUGAUCAGUUCUGAAAAACGGGCGAAAAUUAUUGAUGCUAUUGUGUGGGAAGAUGGAGUCGAGCGUGUGGGCAAAAAUGGGGUUGCGAUAACAUUGGCGAAUAUGGGAAUCGUGUAUAUGCUUCAGAUGAAAGAGGAGAAGACUGCAAUUAAGGCAUUCGAGUUAAUGAAAGAGAAGAAAGUCAAGUCGUAA